AUGGCUCUCGGCCCUGCCCCUCUCAUCACACAGAUUUGCCUGCGUGGCAUCAAAGCCCACAGGAAGUGUUACCUGCUUUCUGAGCAGGCCAAGCACUACCAUGAGGCCAACGAGGACUGCAUCGCACAGGGAGGGACCCUGGCCAUACCUCGAGACAUCAACCAGAACGACGAACUCACAGACUAUGUCAAACGCAGCUCACCCGCAUCCAAAGAUUUCUGGAUCGGCAUAACAGACAUAGUGAAGGAAGGCCAGUAUGUGGACGUGAACAGCCUGCCUGUCACUUUCUUCCACUGGGAUCGUUCCAAGAGAGAGCCGACCGGAGGGAAGAGAGAGAGCUGCGUCGCGCUCUCGAUGGCAGCACAGGGAAAAUGGCACGACGAGGUCUGUCGCAGUCAGAAGAAAUACAUCUGUGAAUAUCUGAUCCCAUGAUGUGUAUGGCGCAUGACAUCAAGAUGCAUGUUAAAUGACAGCCUGUCAUUAAGCUGCUCAUUAAAAAUGAAACA